GCGGGAGAAGGCUCGGAUGCUCUGAGAACGUCUGUUUGGUUUCUUGUGGUUUGGGGUUUCUUCCCAGCCUCCGGACCAACCAUCAGGAAUGUCCGGGAUUCAGCCCGAGGAUGUUUCCUCUCCGUGUAGGAAUUGGACGACCGGGUCGGAGCUAAACGAGACGCGGGAGGCUCUUUUAACCCCUUCCUCCGACUACGACGAUGAGGAGUUUCUGAGAUACCUCUGGAAGGAGUAUUUGCAUCCCAAGGAAUAUGAAUGGGCACUGAUCGCCGGCUACAUCGUCGUCUUCAUCGUGGCGCUCGUCGGGAACGUCCUGGUUUGCAUUGCAGUGUGGAAGAAUCAUCACAUGCGGACAGUUACCAACUAUUUCAUAGUGAACCUGUCUCUGGCUGACAUUCUGGUCACAAUUACUUGUCUUCCAGCAACUUUAGUAGUGGACAUCACAGAAACAUGGUUCUUUGGGCAGCCCCUCUGCAAAGUGAUUCCCUAUUUACAGACAGUUUCAGUCUCUGUGUCUGUACUAACACUCAGCUGCAUUGCUUUGGAUCGAUGGUAUGCAAUUUGUCACCCUUUGAUGUUUAAAAGCACAGCCAAGCGAGCAAGGAACAGCAUUAUAAUUAUCUGGAUUGUGUCCUGCAUCAUAAUGAUUCCCCAGGCUAUUGUUAUGGAGUGCAGCAGUGUGUUCCCCGGAUUAGCCAAUAAAACCACCUUGUUCACAGUGUGUGAUGAGCACUGGGGAGCUGAAGUUUACCCCAAAAUGUAUCACACGUGCUUUUUUCUGGUGACAUACAUGGCACCACUGUGUCUUAUGGUGUUGGCCUAUUUGCAAAUAUUUCGAAAGCUGUGGUGUCGCCAGAUCCCAGGAACUUCUUCUGUUGUUCAGAAAAAAUGGAAGUCUCUACAGUCCUCAGCACAGCCCCGAGGGCUGGGACAAUCAACAAAGUCAAAGAUUAGUGCUGUGGCAGCUGAAAUAAAACAGAUUCGUGCAAGAAGGAAAACAGCACGAAUGCUAAUGGUUGUCCUCCUGGUUUUUGCACUUUGCUAUCUACCAAUUAGCAUCCUCAAUGUCUUGAAAAGGGUUUUGGGGAUGUUUAAUCAUGCCGAUGACAGAGAAACUGUAUACGCCUGGUUCACGUUCUCACACUGGCUUGUGUAUGCAAACAGUGCAGCAAAUCCUAUUAUUUAUAACUUCCUCAGUGGGAAAUUUAGAGAAGAAUUUAAAGCAGCAUUUUCCUGUUGCAUCUUUGGCAUUCGCAGUCACCAUGAUGAGCGACUCACCAGAGGUCAUGCCAGCACAGAGAGUCGGAAAUCCUUGACCACCCAGAUCAGCAAUUUUGAUAACGUUUCAAAACUUUCAGAACACGUUGUAUUGACCAGCAUAAACUCACUUCCAGCAAAUGGUAUCCCAGCUACACUCAGCCCAAUGAAAUCAGUGGAACUGCAGCUCCACAUACCAGGGAUGAACAUGACUUCAAAUUUAAAUGAAGCUGUGAGGGUUUCUGCUGAAGACACUGGCAACACAGAGAAUAAGGAGUGGGACAAAUUUGUCCCUAGCAUAACUAAACUUACCUCGAUGGAGUUACAGCAAGGAUGACUUUGGCUCAACAAACAUAAGACCACCAGAGAACGGCACAUGCUUUUAGCUGUGUUACAGACUACUACUGGACAAGGAUUCCUUCAAAACAACUGCCUCUCCUGUUUCUUCUCAGUCUUACAGAAACCUGCUUACCUCAGUAUGAGCUGAAGAACAUGUCUUUACAAGUCUUUUUAGAGAUUGGAUUGUAUCAUACUUUGUAAAUACUGUAGAUAUUUAUUUUUAUAUAUUUUAGAUGCUGUGGAAUGUUCUAAAAUGUAUUCUAUAAAGAACUCUAAAUAUUUGAAAGAAGUCUCAAACAUUUAUUUAUAUCCUGUUUCUAUAAAUGAGUGACUUAUUUACAAAGAAUGCUUAUUUACACACUAGUGAUGUUCUGGAAUUAUUUUGCACUUCUUUUUCUGCUAAUUCACUUGUAAAUUCUGCACUCAUUAUGGAAGUUUCACUUCAGAUUGAUAUGGGGAGAUUGCACGUUACUCUUUCUAAACACAGACAUGCUUCAAAGACAUGAAUUCAAAGUGCUGCAGGUCACAAAUAUUUUCAUAAGAUUACACUAAACAGCCACUAUUUUUUUUCUUCAGACUUGAGUGCCUAAAAAGUAAUUACUUAAACAAAACUUGUGUGAUGCUCAAAGGUGCUAUAAGCUCAAAAUUCCUACUCAGGCCAAUAGGAAUAACAAGUGUCAGCACCCCUGAAAGACAGGACAUUUUAACAUUGGUAGCUCAUUUUAGUCCAUAAUGUCUGCAAGUGUUGCUCCAGAGAUGUCUGAGGAUCUUUAAAAUAUAAAACACUGGCUAUCUUGCUUGAUUUCAUGAUUUGUCUCUCAGCUGCCAUUUAAAACUAAUGAUAGAAACAGUGAACAGAUUUAUAUGCUUAGAAAAUGUUGACUUUUCAAAGAUUAAAAUAAAAUGUUUGUCUCUGGGAAUUAUAGAGGUGAUAUCUUGUUGGACCAGUAGAUCGAGUACUCACCCAUUUUCUGUUUGUGGAAUAAGCUCCAUGACCUGGGGCUUCCUACCAUGUGUUGCAAUUUUGCUUCUUAAAGAAUGAAGAUGGUGCAUCACUAGAGACUUAGUCUACUAGGAGAACAUGGCUUAUUGGUUAGAAAGAGGCUAAUGUGUAAAAACCUGAGCUACAAUCUCCUUGUGGCACUAUUCUUGCAUUUCAGUUCCGAUUUUUCAAAAGAAAGGUUGAGCUUGGAGGGAGGACUUGUUUUUAAGUAAAAAACGUUUUAUUUAGAAAGAAAACAGUCUCACAUUCAAAUGUUCCUGAAAAGCCAGUUAUUCAUAGAAAAGGUGUUAUUUGAUUAACUUAUGUAAAUAUUUUUUCUAGGUUUUUCUUUGACUUAAUGUCAUGUGAUGUACUGUCUAUCAUGACAGCUAGUUUUAUGAAGUGCUUAAUCACUUUAUGCUUUAGCCUUCCCAAACAGCUGUUUUACUGGACAUUGUUGCAAUUACCCCUAGUUUACACCAGUGUAAAGUGAGAGAAA